GCGCUGGCGGGCUGGUGCGCAGGCGGGGAAGCUGCCUGCCGCGGUCGGAAGGGAAGGAGGGAGGGGAGGGAAGGGAAGGAAGGGGGUGGCUGCGCCGGGCACAGCAUGGCUGCCAAGCCAAACAAUGGACUGGUGGCUCUAACCAAGAGAGCUGAUCCAGCUGAGUUGAAAACAAUAUUUUUGAAGUAUGCAAGCGUGGAGAAGAAUGGAGAAUUCUUCAUGUCUCCUAAUGACUUUGUCACUCGGUACCUGAAGAUAAUUGGAGAUGGUGUGCCUAAUACAAACACUGUACAGCUCCUUGCGGGAGUGGUGGAUCAGACAAAAGAUGGGUUGAUAUCCUUUCAAGAGUUUGUGGCAUUUGAAUCAGUCCUGUGUGCUCCAGAUGCAUUGUUCAUAGUAGCCUUUCAGCUGUUUGACAAGACUGGCAAAGGAGAAGUUACUUUUGAGGAUGCUAAGCAAGUUUUUGGCCAGACCACGAUUCAUCAGCACAUUCCAUUUAACUGGAAUUCAGAGUUCGUACAGCUGCAUUUUGGAAAGGAUAGAAAAAGGCAUCUAACAUAUGCGGAGUUCACCCAGUUUUUACUGGAGAUACAAUUAGAACAUGCAAAACAAGCUUUUGUGCAGCGAGACAAUGCUCAGGCUGGAAGAGUCACAGCUAUGGACUUCAGGGACAUUAUGGUCACCAUCCGACCACAUAUGCUGACGCCAUUUGUUGAAGAAUGUCUAGUAGCUGCUGCUGGAGGUACCACUUCCCAUCAGGUCAGCUUUUCCUAUUUUAAUGGAUUUAAUUCUCUCCUUAACAACAUGGAGCUCAUUAGAAAGAUCUACAGUACUCUGGCUGGAAAUAGAAAAGAUGUGGAAGUCACUAAGGAGGAGUUUGUUCUGGCAGCUCAGAAAUUUGGUCAGGUUACACCCAUGGAAGUUGACAUCUUGUUUCAGUUAGCAGAUUUAUAUGAGCCGCGGGGGCGCAUGACAUUAGCUGACAUAGAAAGAAUUGCUCCUCUGGAGGAAGGGACGUUGCCCUACAACCUGGCUGAGGCCCAGAGGCAGAAAGCUCCGGGUGAUGUGUCUCGACCUGUUCUCAUUCAGAUUGCAGAAUCAGCGUACAGGUUUGCCCUUGGUUCAGUAGCUGGAGCUGUUGGAGCCACGGCAGUCUACCCAAUUGAUUUGGUAAAAACUCGUAUGCAAAACCAGCGCUCUACAGGCUCUUUUGUGGGAGAACUUAUGUAUAAAAACAGCUUUGAUUGCUUCAAGAAAGUGCUACGUUAUGAAGGUUUCUUUGGGCUUUAUAGAGGUCUGUUACCACAGCUAUUAGGAGUAGCACCAGAGAAGGCCAUAAAACUUACCGUUAAUGAUUUUGUGAGAGAUAAGUUUAUGAGUAAAGAUGGCUCUGUCCCGCUGGCUGCAGAAAUUCUUGCUGGUGGCUGUGCUGGAGGUUCUCAAGUGAUCUUUACCAAUCCACUAGAAAUUGUCAAGAUUCGAUUACAGGUAGCUGGAGAAAUUACUACUGGUCCACGAGUUAGUGCCCUUACUGUACUACGGGACUUGGGCUUCUUUGGUCUCUACAAGGGUGCUAAGGCGUGUUUUUUGCGUGACAUUCCCUUCUCUGCUAUUUACUUCCCCUGCUAUGCUCAUUUGAAAUCUUCAUUCGCAAAUGAAGAUGGGAGGGUCAGCCCUGGAAAUCUACUCUUGGCUGGAUCUGUAGCUGGUAUGCCCGCGGCCUCGCUGGUGACCCCUGCGGAUGUCAUCAAAACCAGGCUACAGGUGGCAGCCCGGGCAGGGCAGACCACCUACAGCGGCGUGGUGGAUUGUUUUGUGAAGAUCCUUCGAGAGGAAGGUCCAAAGGCUCUGUGGAAAGGAGCAGGAGCUCGUGUGUUCCGAUCAUCUCCUCAGUUUGGUGUAACUCUGGUGACUUACGAGCUACUGCAGAGAUGGUUCUACGUGGACUUCGGGGGGGUAAAACCAGCCGGAUCAGAGCCAGUUCCUAAAUCUAGGAUCACGCUCCCUGCUCCUAACCCUGACCAUGUUGGUGGUUACAAAUUGGCAGUUGCCACUUUUGCAGGGAUUGAAAACAAGUUUGGACUUUACCUACCUCGGUUUAAGCCAUCACCACCUACCUCAAAGGCUGCUGCAGCAGUAGGACCCUAAGUUUAUUGCUGUAGAUUUUUUUGUUAUUAGUUGGGAAAGAGCCACUUUUCUAAUUGGUUAAUACUUUUGUUCCUUUAGCUUCUCAUCAUAUAAAACAUUUUAGCUUCAUUUGAGUUUUAAAGCAAUUUUCAUCUUAAACGUAAUCAUUUGUCUUUGUGCUUCCUUAACCAGAUCACUGUGAAAUUCUUACCAGUUGUUUUAAGUUUGGGACCAUGAAUGUAUUUGUCCACAUCUGACAUGUGCUUGUGUUGGGAAGACACUAAUUUUAGGUUCCAUUUAUUGGGGAGGGUUGGGUGAGAGCUGUGAACCAGAUCAUCUUACAGGCAAUGCUGGGUUGCAGAUUACCAGGGCGGAUGUCACACAUCGUCACUCAAAUGGAAAAACUCACGGUGCUCAACGCGGAAUGAUUCUGACUGUACGUGUAAAUUGGUUAUAAACGUAGUGCGUGUCUGUAGAGGUCAGCGAAAAGAGACCUGGUACCUGAGUCUGCCAGUACAGCUUCAACUUUUUAAAUAUGUACACGCACAAGUUCUGUUUCUGGAUUGUAUUAUGAAGCUUUUAUGUGGAACAUGUUUUUGUAAUGGAAACCACAUUUAUAAAUGUUUAGCCGUUGUAUUAUGUUACUGGUAUCAAAAUGCUCAAAAGAAAGUGUUAUUGUCCAUAGUCUUUGCACUUUAUGGCAGUACUUUGGCAUUCUACUACACAUACAAGGAAAUUUCAUAACUAGGUGCCUAUCUUGGGUUGCUGAUGUUUGGAAUUCAGUUUGUAUAUGCACUUCUAGUAAAACGCUGCUUGUUUAAAUAACUGCAAUAGAAAAUUCAUGCACUGUAUCAAUGGUACCUGCCUUAACUGCUGGCUUGUAAUUGGCAAAUAGGUGGUUUCAGAUUCUUAUUUACUUCAUUGAGUCAACAGAGAUUAAAAUACUCUAAAAGAAAAGAUUUUACUUAAUUUUUUGGUGCCUUGCACAGUGUUUAGAAAAUUAUGUAUUUAUGAAGAUAGAAAUAAACCUUUCAAACAGAUGCACACAUGGUAUUCUGUUACGGAAACGGCAUAGUACAUCCAAAGGCUUGCUCGGCUUCAUUUAUAAAGUUAGCUUCAAGUUAAAGCUAAUACUGGGACAAGCAGGCUAUAGGAACACCUGCAGCUCGAGAACAAAGUUACCUGUAUCCCUCUGUGUAUAAAAGACAUGCAUUGGUGUAGCUGUUGCACAAAAAAGAGAUUUUUCUUCAGUCAGAAAACAGA